AGGGUGAGGAGGGUAAGGGUGGGAACAAGAAGAAGAAGUAGAAGAAUAGUUACGCAGAUUCGCCUGAAAUAAAGUGUCGGUGAAGUCCUGUCUGUGCGUCCGUUGUCGUUCCUCUCGGAGUGACUCAGUGUUUCUUUGCUCGCCGGAAUGCCGUUAUCUCUCUGAGCGUUCAGCAUGGAUCAGGCUGGCUGCGUGAAUCUGUGCAGUCUGACCAGCACGCUCCCGGUGAUCCCGUACCGCAAACUCACCGACCUGCACUACAUCAGCAAAGGCGGCUUUGGCACCGUGUUCCGGGCGCAGCACAGCGACUGGCGCACCACCGUCGCCAUUAAGUGCUUAAAAUUGGACUCCCCGGUCGGUGAAAGAGAAAGGAAUUGCUUACUGAAAGAGGCAGAGGUGCUUCACAAGGCCAGGUUUAACCACAUCAUCCAGAUCUUCGGAGUGUGCAACGAGCCCGAGUUCUUCUGCAUCGUCACCGAAUUCAUGACCAAUGGCUCUCUGGACGAGCUUCUGCACGAGAAAACCAUGUAUCCGGUGGUGGCUUGGCCUCUCAGGCUGCGCAUUCUGUAUGAAAUUGCUUUGGGAGUUAACUUUCUCCAUAAUAUGACUCCACCACUGCUCCAUCACGACCUGAAAACCCAGAACAUUCUUCUGGACGGCGAGUACCAUGUUAAGAUAGCAGACUUUGGUUUGUCAAAAUGGCGCCAGCUCUCAAUCAGCAAAGGUUCCGGAUCGAAACCAGCCGAGAUGGGUGGCACUGUCAUCUACAUGCCUCCUGAAGAAUACGAACCCAACAAGACUCGGAGAGCGGAUGUUAAGCAGGACAUGUACAGUUAUGCCAUCAUCAUGUGGGAAGUCCUGUCUCGACGGAUACCAUACGAAGAUGCUACCAACCCCAUGCAGAUAAUGUUCAGCGUCCUGCGCGGCUCUCGCCCGGACACCGGACUGGACAGUGUGCCGGGUGACAUCCCUGGGAGAGAGACGCUCAUCAACCUCAUGUCGUGCGGCUGGACCGCUAAUCCAGACGAGCGUCCUUCUUUCCUCAAUUGUCUUAUCGAUCUGGAGCCGCUGCUGCGGAGAUUCGACGAAGUCGAUGUCAUGGAGUCGGUGCUGGAGGUCAAAAGGUCAAAAUUUUUGAGACCGGCGAGCAGCACUUCAACAACGACGACAAAUGUGAAAAGAACAGAUAAAAACCUGAAGGAACAUAACACUCCUUGGACAGAUACCGGCUCUACGUCAGGAUCGGGUUCUUGCUCCUCCCAGGACACGGACAUCUCCCAACCAGGCUACCUUACCAUCUCUAAUCCCUCUCAUGCUGGACCGUUGUCAUCUGUCGUGUCCAUACCACUGGACACCCCAAAACCCUUAAUGGACCAGGGCUCCCAGAACAACCUGAAUCCUAAUUAUCAGACGGCCCAGCUCGUCUCGGACUGCAACAUCCCCCUCAGACCAAACACGCUUCAAAACGAGAGCAACCUGCCUAUAAACAUUCACCCGCUCACCCUACAGUCACAACCUCAAGAAUUCCCCAUGCUGUUGGACACCCAGGGCCCGGCAGCACGAUGGAUCAGCCUUCGGCGUGAGGAGGUUGUGCGGCAGAUGACUGAGGCAUGUCUGAACCAGUGUUUGGAUGCACUACUGGCCCGUGACUUGCUCAUGAGUGAGGACUAUGAGCUGGUGGCCAACCAGCAGACUCGCACCGCCAAAGUUCGCAAGCUUUUGGACUUGUGCGAGCGCCACAACGAGGAGUUUUGCCGUGUGGUGGUGCGCAAGCUGCAGGACAACAAACAGAUGGGCCUGCACCCAUUUCCAGACUUUAUUUCCCAGACGCCUCCACCACCACCACCCUACAGCGCUGCCAGCGCUCCACCGCUCUCCACCUCCUGCAAUAACAUCCGCAACAUUUUCUGAGCUUCUCAGCUUCCCUCGUAUCUGGUCACUUUUGGAAUAAACAGCUGAGAGAUUUUCCAGCUUUGCUGUGUUUUUUGGGGUUUUUUGUCAUUGGGAAAAAUGUAUUGAUCUUGUACUGGAGCAAUUCCACUCUACGCUUGCUGUGGCUGUAAAACUGGACCACUUGUUGUUUUUAUCUCCAUUAUUCUCAAGCUCUUUCUGUCUUUCUUGUUGGAAUAGAUGUUGAAAGAUUGUUUUCAUUUGAUCCAGUGAUGAAGUGAGUCGUGACGUUGUCCAUCAAUCCAAAUGACAACACCAUAUCCUGUCAUUUUUUGGUUGAACUGGUCACUUGGGUUUAUAUAGACAUGAGAAUGUUGUGUUUGUAGGAAUGAUAACGUGAACAAGGAUUUGCAAAUGACAAAAAAUUUGACAGCAUUGUUUUACCACAGCUUGAUAGAAACUUCUACACUGUCUUCCUUUUAGCUCACGUUUUAUUUUUAUGAUCAUGCAUCAGUAUGAAGAUUUGUAGAGUUUAUACACCAGUUUACUUUGUGAUCACUAUGUCUCACUUUGGUUUACAAAGGUAUUUGGCAUCAGUAAGAAAAUUGGCAGUUUCUUGAAGGUAUAUACAGUACAGAUCUGUGUGCCAGAACAAAGCUUAGCAAGUUUUUAGCACUUGGUCAUACAGUUCUGGGUAAAACUGACAACUGAUUCCUCCUUCAACAGAACCUUCUGAACACUGACCUGCACUCUGUUUCAUAACAACCACAAUAACUGAAACACCACCCUACUUUCUUCAACGUCCCAUGUCAAAGUGUCUUGUAUAAAAUAAUAUUUAUCAUAGUUUAUACAUCUGCAUGUAGUCCUUCUUUCUUAGUUUCAAACACAUCCGUGUUCGCAAGCCGCUGAAGUUCUUUAGGGUUCUGUUUAAGGGUUCGGUUUUUCCUAAUGUGCAUUAUUUUUGGAGCCAGGAGCGGAUGGUUUAGAGUAUGGUAUAUGACUAAAUAUCACCUAAGUUGUAAAGUUCGAACAUGUACUAUUAUAAUAGGGCAUUGUACCAUACUUCAGCUGAAAUAGUGAACUGCUAGACGAAAGGAAUGCUAAACUGGGUUAGCAUACAGUAAGUCAUGGUUAUGCUAAGCCACGGGUCGACAAAUCAUAAUUUAGUCACUAGUCAAACAGGAAUUUAGUGCUUCAAUGUGCUAAAUUAGACCUUGCUGCAGAACCAGAAGUCCUGGAAGGCUGGAUGAGUGUUUGUUCCGUGCUAUAUAGCAUCAAGGCAAGGCUUAAGUCUAAAGGAAGACGUGAAUCAGGUCUACUGAUACCCCUAGAAGCUAGUUCUGGAGCCAGCAACAACUUACGAUAACAAUUUGGCAAGCUAGCCAUACACUAGACAUAGGCUUUAGGCAUUAAGCAGCUAUGAAUUAAUCUUUGCGAGACAAAGUACUUCCUAUCAACAGCUAGACCAUGUUGUCCAGACUUGUAAAGAGUGCAGCAUUUGAAAAAGGUUUUGAAAAAAAGAUUUGAAAGCUACAAUAUAUAAAAAUAUUAUAUAUUAGGUGUGCUACGUUUAAACAAACAUGUCUAUUAUGAAGUACAAAGCACGUUUCCAUGCCAAAAUCACAACAGCAAAUCAGACAAAACGUCAUCGUUGAGACACAAAAUGGAACGUGUCAGACCUUAUUGUUAUAAUAACAUAACAGAAUUCCACUUAUUCACUGUUUUCCUUUAACAAGCCAUCUCACCAACAUGCGUGUAAUGUUCAGUAAGACCAGUCCCUUUUGGCUUUGAGACAAUGUCAAUGCCUUUGCUGGUUUUUUUAUUCUGUUUUUGCAGUUUUUAAAGAAACGUUUGAAUAAUAAUAAUAAUUGUAAUUAUUUGUUGUAUAUGUAAUGUUAUUUUCCUGGGCCUGCGAAUUUGUCCACCCUGUAAGUCAACAGUUAUCAUUCUCAUAACACUGAACACCUGCUACAGGGAAUGUUUAUACUACUGGAUCUGGAGCGUUUAUUUUCAGGUACCCGUGGUGUCCGUUUGUUACGAAACUGUAGAAUGUGUUUGCGUUUACAUCAGUGUUUUUGCCCCAUGAACUCUCUUGACCCUGAACUCCCAGGAUUUUUUUCCCCACGCUCAACUGGUUUUGACGUUUAUAGAAGCUACUUUAUUUUAGCUGUGGGAUGCUUUCAUAUGGUAAUUAUCAACCUUUUGCACUGCAGAUGAUGAGGUCGCUAAGGCGCUUAGCUUUUUGUGUGUCGGUCACUUUUAAGAAAGGAACAGCAGGUUUUGAAAUCCACCGGUUUCAUUUAGUAUUACAAAAUAUGUAUUUAAUUAUUUGCAUGUUAUUAAGCAAUGCAGUUGACAGUAUCAUGAGUGUAUUUGUGUAUUACAUUCGCAUUAAAAUUUGCAGAGUAUUGUGCCCAUUUGUAGGCGCUGAUCAUGAAUGUAGAUCAAGGCAUCAGAAUGUCGUGUUGCAAUAUCGUAUCUUGUCCGUAGAGUGUAUAUUAAAAAAAAAUUAAUUCUGUGCCAAACUCAACAUUGCCUUAAUAAUUUUAGAUGCUAGGCCUAAAUAAAGAGAAUUAUUUUUGUCAUAACAGCAUUACUCCUCUAUUUUAGUGUAUCUCUAAAAGUGCCAUCUUUUGCCUCUUGCCUUCUUUCUGUGAAACUAGAUGCUGUCAUAAGAAACCUUGUGCACAUUACAACCAAUGCAUAGCCAAUGUAGCAAUGUACAGGUGUCAGGAAUGCGAUCGAUGUACGUGCUCUAGUAUGAACGUCCUGAAAAUCUUCCAGAGAAGUGCUGUGUUAUUAAAAUGUGUAGCUCUCCA